AUGAUUCCGGUUAUAUUUGACAAGGCAUUGCCUAAUGAAGAUAAACAAAGAUUUCCUCUACUUAACCCUGAUUCCGUUUUGCCAUACACAAGACUUUCAGAGUUAGAAGUCCCCAAAGCAAUUAAGAGUGGAGAUUGUGGUGUCUUUGUACUAAUGUAUAUAGAGUACUUGACUGCAAACCUGAAUCUAGCAGAAGUGACCUCACAAGAGAUGAAAGAUGAGGACCUCCAAGCAGAAUCUCGAUUUUCCAACAUUGGCGACAGGUUUAUUUCAUUUCAAUUGAAGGCACUCACUCGUUUCGAUUUCAAAUUUGUUAUCUUUUCUUGUGACCCAUCACUUCGAUUUGCAGUACUAUCAUUUGUUUUCCUUGAAGCAGCGUUACGUGCGGCUUCUCUUGUGGUUCCAAGUUCAAAUUGCUAUGCAAUUGACAAUUCAAGUCACAUUCAUGAUUUCAGCGAUUGGUUUGGACAUCCAUUUGUGUACGAAGAUAAGGAUUCUGAUAUCGUUGUUCGAUUCUGUAAAGAUGUAGAGUCUAGAUCACAGAAGGGUUAUCAGGAUUUUGGCAGGUUUGAUAGCUUCAAUAGGCUUCUUGCUUCUUCAGGGCCUAAUGCAUUUGUGAAGGAAUUCUAUGGAGGUGACCUUGUUAAUUGUGAGCAAAGUUAUGAUAAAAUGGGACGCUCAUCUCAGGUAAAUAUCAAAUGCGGGAGCUGUCCUAGUGCUACAUGUAAAGGAAAACUUGGAUGCAUAUGCAGUGUCUCAUAUGAAUCAUCUUGCAGAGUUCUGGUUGAGCUUGCUAUUCCAUGUGAGAAACCAGGUCCUCGAGUUUUUGAAGGAUUUACGGUGGGUUUUCACCCACGGACAUGGGAAAUUGUCUAUAAUGGCAUGACUCAACUGGGUUUUGAGAAGCUCCACAAUGACUAUAGCUUCAACACUGAGCAAACUCAUUUACACCUUUAUAUGACUGCAAUUGCUUCCCUGUCUGGCUCAGUGGAAAAACCAAUAGUAAAGGUUUCCCCAGAACAUGGGCUUGAGGUUAAGUUGUCUGGCUCAGCGACAACUGGAACCCCUCCAACUACUUUGUCCCCUGUACUGAUGGUGGUUAACUGGAGAUGUAAGAAGGCCAGUGAUGUUCCAUAUGAAGUUGAGAUCACUAUCCCAGUAGAGAAUUAUGAGCCAAUUCAGUUUACUCUUACGAAGAUGUGUGAAUACGUGCAGAAAGAAGAAGGAAAUGAUGAAAGAGGCUGGGCUAUAUUUGGAAUCAUCUCUUGCAUAUUUAUAGUUUUCUCAAUGCUGUUCUGUGCUGGAGGAUUUGUUUAUAAGACACGAUACGAAAGCCAGCGUGGGCUCCAUGCAUUGCCAGGAAUGACAUAUUUAUCGGCGUUUCUAGAAGCUUUGAGCGGAGGAGGAUAUGGCUAUUCGCAACCAGAAGACUCAAAUGGUCCUUCUGGGAAUCAAGUCUCUUGGGAAAGGCCACCUGUUUCUUCUCAAGGGACAACCGGAGGAAGAUAUGGUUCAAUUUGAGGCGUUUAUCUUUCUUUCUUCCCAAAGCUCGGCCAGGUGCCGCCAUACAACUGUAGUACAACUGUAGUUCUUUUUUUUUUUUUCCAUAGAAAAUACAGUUGGUUUCGGUUUUCUUGUCGAUUGAAAGCGCCCAUAGCCAGCCACAUAUAUUUUUUUAUUAUUAGAAAAGAAGAGUGAUAUACCAUACUUAUUUUUGUAUUGACCAAAAUAUCCUUGUUAAGAAAUGAUGAGACCAAACCCAAAUUUGUCAAGAGAGCAGGUAAUUCUACUCCUACUA